GCCAGCGGUCACCUGUUGAACACGUUUAGAAUUCGUGUAACCUACCUCUUGGUGUAAACUUGUGUCAACUGCACGUGAAGCUGUAGAUCGAUAAUGUUUGCGAAGAAAAAUUUGACUUUUUUCUGUCCGUGGAUAUCACUCUUCAUUUCACUCUUAGCAAUUUCACCUCGUUGUCAUGCUGAAGAUCAUUUAGGCGAAGAUCUAGACGAGAAAAUCGCUUUUGUGGCGGGACAGCAGCAGCCGAUGUCAUUUGCUCCAGCCUCAGCAAAUCAUUCCACGGGAUACAUUGUUUAUUGUCCAUGUAUGGGCAGGUUUGGAAAUCAAGCAGACCAGUUUUUAGGAUCUUUAGCAUUUGCAAAGGGGUUGAAGCGAACUCUUAUACUACCCCCCUGGAUAGUGUAUCCAAGCCAUAAAAUAGGUGGCUCUGAUAGAGUGCCUUUUGAUGACUGGUUUCUUGUUAAGCCUCUUGAAGCUUAUCACAAUGUUAUUACGAUGGAGACAUUUAUGAAAGACAUUGCACCGCGAGUAUGGCCACCUGGACAGCGGAUAGGUUUCUGUUACUCGUUUCGAGAUAAUCAAAGGUGUGGAAUGAAGGAUGGGAAUCCUUUUGGUCCCUUCUGGGAUCACUUUCAUAUUAAUUUUGACGACUAUCGGGAACACUCUGGGUUGCUGUGGAAUACAGACCAGGACUGGGCCAGGGAUGGAUGGGAUACAAGAUUCCCAGUGUCAGAAUAUCCUGUAAUAGCAUUGAUGGGAGCCCCUGGUUCCUUCCCGGUGCAUGAAAAAGACAGGUGGCUACAGAAGUUUGUUCAGUGGUCAGUGAAGAUCGAAAAGAAAGCAAAGGAGUUUUUAACCAGCAUCCUGCAGAACGAACCAUUUGUUGGUAUCCAUCUUCGCAAUGGCAUAGAUUUUGAAAGAGCUUGUGAGCAUGUGAAAGACCCACACACCACUUCCUUCUUUGCGUCACCGCAGUGCAUCCAGCCUGGCUCCAACAAGAAACUCACUUACGAGAUGUGCUUUCCACCAAAGAGUGAAAUCCUCAAGAAAACGAAAAAGAUUGUGAAGAAAGCUAAAGCAAAAAGAGUAUUUGUUGCAACGGAUAAUGAUCCAAUGAUAAAGGAACUCUCAAACGCUCUGAAGUCGUUGAAGGUGUCUGUGCACAGGAGAGAUCCUUCAGAUGAAAUCAGUGAUCCAAUAGUGGAGUUAGCUGUAUUAACCAUGGCUGACCACUUUAUAGGAAACUGUGUGUCGAGCUUCACUUCGUUUGUGACACGCUAUCGUGCAGUAAACGAUAAACCAACAUCAUUCUGGGCUUUUAAGGAUGAAAAAUAGAUCUCGUGAACCGUUCAAUUUUGACAUGCUUACAAGGCGUACUAAGAAAAUUUCUAAGAAAAUUCACAACAACAAAAGUAUUACUUCAAUAGCGUUUACUGCCAAAAAUAUCAAAGCUGCGAGCAGACUACUUUCUUGGAUAGAAUUAUAUUGAAGGCGAAAUUGAACAAAAAAUCAAACAAAGGGCCUGAUUUGAAACUACGGGAGUCGGAGAACACGGGAAAGACACAUGCGGAAGUCUCAUGAUUUAAUUGAAGCUCUACUUCUGUUACUGUACUACAUGAUGUAUCCAAUGCCAACAUCUCCGGCUGAAGUCAGCAAAAGAAUGCGCCCAGCUCGGUUAUUUAUAUAGUACAUUUUAAAACUUAAUAUAACGUAUAUUUAUAGAUAGGGGCUUCUCGGCAAUGAAGCCAAUGACAUUGUGCAAAUAAAAUUCGAUUUUUCAAUAUAUCAGAGCA